GGCCGGUGCUCAGGCUGCCCACACCUGCUGCCGCCCGCAGGCCUCCCCAAGGCGGCUCGGAUCAGUCAUCUGAAGGUCCUGCAGUGCCAGGGCUUCUACCAGCUGUGCGGUGCGCACCAGGAGGACGUGAUCUACCUCGCCCUCCCCCUCCACCACAUGUCCGGCUCCCUGUUGGGCAUCGUGGGCUGCUUGGGCAUCGGGGCCACGGUGGUGCUGAAGUCCAAGUUCUCGGCCAGCCAGUUCUGGGAGGACUGCCAGCAGCACCGGGUCACGGUUUUCCAGUACAUCGGCGAGCUGUGCCGGUACCUCGUGAACCAGCCGCCGAACAAGGCAGAACGUGGCCAUAAGAUCCGGCUGGCAGUGGGCAGCGGGCUGCGCCCUGACACCUGGGAGCGUUUCGAGCGGCGCUUUGGGCCCCUGCAGAUCCUGGAGACCUACGGCCUGACUGAGGGCAACGUGGCCACCUUUAACUACACCCGACAGCGGGGUGCUGUGGGGCGCGCGUCCUGGCUGUACAAGCACCUCUUCCCCUUCUCUCUGGUCCGCUACGACGCCAGCACAGGGGAGCCAUUUCGGGAUGCCCAGGGGCGCUGCCUGGCCACGUCUCCAGGUGAGCCAGGGCUGCUGGUGGCCCCAGUGAGCCAGCAGUCUCCGUUCUUGGGCUACGCGGGGGGCCCAGAGCUGGCCCGGGGAAAGCUUCUGCAGGACGUCUUCCGGCCAGGGGACGUGUUCUUCAACACAGGGGACCUGCUGGUCUGCGAUGACCAAGGCUUCCUUCGCUUCCAUGAUCGGACUGGGGACACCUUCAGGUGGAAGGGCGAGAACGUGGCCACAACAGAGGUGGCAGAGGUCUUUGAGGCCCUGGACUUUCUUCAGGAGGUGAACAUCUAUGGAGUCGCUGUGCCAGGACACGAAGGCAGGGCUGGCAUGGCAGCCUUGGUCCUGCGUCCACCGCACACUCUGGACCUUGGGCAGCUCUACGCCCACGUGUUUGAAAACUUGCCACCCUACGCGCGGCCUCGGUUCCUGCGGCUUCAGGAGUCUUUGGCCACCACGGAGACCUUCAAACAGCAGAAGGUUCGGAUGGCGAGGGAAGGCUUUGACCCAGGCACACUGUGUGACCCGCUCUACGUCCUGGACCAGACUGCGGGUGCCUACCUGCCCCUCACCCCUGCGCGGUACAGUGCCCUUCUGCUCGGAGACCUCCGAAUCUGAGACCUCCCAUACCCGGGGCAGCCGAGGGAGGCCACUGCAGGCAUCCCGGAGCUGUCAGGGAUCUUUUAUACACUGACUGGCACUGUUUUGUAAUAAAUGAUGCUGGGGCUAACCUGGCUGUGUC